AUGCCCAAGGCUUCCAACUCCCGCGCUGCCGCCAUGGCACGCCGACACAACCCUCUCGCCGAAGAUAUCACAUCGGCGGGGCACCUUCGGACCCAAAGCAGCAAGAAGGGCAAAGGCAAGGCCGCCGACGAGGAGGAGGGUGAGAAUGGACAACGCUUCGUCGAUGCGAAGAUGUCCCGCAACAUUCUCCAGCUUGGUCAGGAACUUGCCGACGAAGAUGCGGCGGAACAAGCCAAGAAUGCUCCCAAGCCCAAGUCAAACGGCGCAUUCGAAUUCGACACUCGGUUCGAGGAGGAGGAAGCUUUCUCUGACGACGAGGGCAAGUAUGAGGGUGACGACUGGGUCGAUGACGAAGUUGAGCAAGUGGAGGUCGACCCCAAUGACCUAGAUAUGUUCAACAAGUUCAUGCCCCACGAGGAAGACCCUAUAUUCCACCCCAAGGAUCCCAGCUCCGCUGGCCCCACCAACCUCGCCGAUCUGAUUCUCGAGAAGAUCGCCGAACACGAAGCCAAGCAGUCUGGCGAUGGCACCUACGCCCCGUACGUUCAAGGUGGGGGCAUCCCCGAGGACGCAGUCCAGAUCCCCGCCAAGGCUGUGGAAGUAUACGAGAAGGUUGGCAUGAUCCUCUCUCGCUACAAGUCUGGCCCGCUGCCCAAGCCCGUCAAGAUUCUCCCCUCCGUGCCAAACUGGCAGACUCUCCUCGAUAUCACCCGUCCAGAGUCAUGGACCGGUAACGCCGUCUACGCCGUCACCCGUAUCUUCAUCUCAUCCAAGCCUCACGUCGCUCAGGAGUUCAUCAACAUUGUGCUUUUGGACCGUGUGCGCGAGGAGAUUCACGAGACCAAGAAGCUGAACGUCCACACCUACAACGCCCUCCGCAAGGCCCUCUACAAGCCAGCCUGCUUCUUCAAGGGUCUUCUGUUCCCCCUCGUCUCCACCGGUACCUGCACUCUGCGCGAGGCUCACAUCGUCUCCUCCGUCAUUGCCCGUGUCUCCGUCCCCUUGCUGCACUCCGCCGCAGCCCUGCUUCGCAUGUGCGAUCUGUCCGCCGAGCAAUCCCUCACAGACAUUGAGAGUACCGGUGCCGUGAACAUGUUCAUCCGAGUCUUCCUGGAGAAGAAGUACGCGCUGCCCUUCAAGGUCGUCGACGCCCUAGUCUUCCACUUCAUGCGCUUCCGCGUCGUCAACCCGGAAGACCAGAUGACCGACGGUCCCGGUCUCGGAUCUAAGAACUACAAGCUGCCCGUCCUCUGGCACCAGUCUCUGCUGGUCUUUGCCCAGCGGUACCGUAACGAUAUCACGGAAGAUCAGCGUGAGGCUCUCCUGGAUCUGCUGCUGGUUCGCGGCCACAAGGAUAUCGGGCCUGAGGUCCGUCGUGAAUUGCUCGCUGGUCGAGGACGUGGCGUGGUUGUUCCCGACCCGGAGGCCCAGAAUGCGCUGGAUGCCGGCGACGACACGAUGGAUGUCACCAUGUAG